GACCGGUUGGAGACUGGUUCUUACCAGAAAUCGAUUUUUUUAUUUAAUCAAUGUUUUCACUAUUUAAUACAUCUGAUAUUAGCAUUUAACCAAGUCAACGGUGUCAUUCAUCUUAUCUUAAUAUUUCUGAGGUAAUUACUCAUUUUUACUGAUUAAAAGUAACACUACUUUGCUUAUCGCUGUCACUAGCCCUUUUAUCGACUAGUUCUUAAGAUUUCGCUUUUCUACUAGUUUUUUCAGAUGUGUAGUAAGUUAACUGAGCAUUGGUUGAGCGUUUCUGGCUUACCCACUAAUGUUUUAAAAAUUGGUCAAAUUAACACUCACAAACGAUUUGUUAUUGUAAUUAUACCCGGCAACCCCGGCAUUCCUCGAUAUUAUGAAGAAUUUGUGUUAACUAUCUUUGAAUUAUUUAAAGAGAGAAUAUCUAUUUGGGUUGUAGGCCAUGCUGGUCAUGUUUCAAUUCCAAGAUUGGAACAAGUGAAUAAAGGCAGCAUUUAUGAAGAUUUCUAUGAUGUCGACGGCCAAACUAAGCAUAAACUACUAUUCAUUCAGGAACACGUUCCCAACGAUGCACGUCUAAUUCUUAUAGGGCAUUCAAUAGGUGCACUGAUAGCAGUGCGUUUACUAAAUUGUUUAUCGAACGAAAAGAUAUUAAAAUGUUGCCUUCUCUUUCCAACAAUGGAGCAUCUAGCAAAGUCUCCUAUGGGCAGUACGUGCUUGCCUAUUGUUAAUUAUUUAAGUUGGUGUAUUCCCCUCCCCGCAUAUUUAUUGUAUUAUCUACCUGAAUUUAUAAAGAGACGUCUAGCUUCUAUCUAUUUUUGUUUGCAAGGCUUUAACGUAUCAGAAUUUGCCAUACAAGCUACUCUACAGCUAGUUGAUCCUUCAUGUGUUCGAAAAAUAUUUUAUUUGGGAGCAAAUGAGCUGAGGACAAUUCAAGAAGCUGAUCAUGACAGCAUUGAAAAACAUUUGGAAAAAUUGAUGAUGUAUUAUGGACUUAAUGACCAUUGGUGCCCUCAGAGUUUAUAUGAUUGCAUGAAAAAGAAGCAUCCCGAUGGUGUUAUUAUACAAUGUAAAAAGGGAGUUUCAGCAGGCAUGGAGGAAAGUUGGAUUUUGGUAAAUGGUGAGCCAACUUGCAUUCUCUCAGCGGGACAAGUUAAAGACUCUUCAUUAGUAGGCCUAUUGAUAACUGGCAACCCAGGAGUUCCUUAUUAUUAUACAGCAUUUAUUCAACAGCUGUAUUUUCUAAGUAAUUUUAAAUUACCAAUAUGUUGUAUAAAUUUGGCUGGCCAUGUUUCCGUUCCAGAGCAUGUUGAAGUUGAUGAUUCACCUACCAAGAAUUAUCUUGACCUAAAAGGCCAAGUUCAACAUAAAUUAGACUUUAUCAAAAAAUACUUGAAGCCAGAAUCAAAGCUUAUUCUAAUGGGACAUUCCAUUGGGGCAAAAAUGUGCCUAGAAAUGGCUAGAGUAUUGCCUAAGGAAAGAGUUGUCAAAAUUGCGUUACUGGCUCCAACAAUAGAGAGAAUGAAAACUUCUCCUAAUGGAAAAAGAUUUUGGCCUCUACUUAACUAUGGUAGAUUAUUGGCUCCUGUAAUCCUAUUUCCUUUGUACUGUUUCUCGGAAUCGAUGAGAAAGAGGAUGGUGGCUUUAAAUUUUUGGCUUUCUGGUGGAGUAGAACCUCAGGCUAUUCCAGCAACAGCAAAGUUUUUAACGCCUUAUUGCGUUAGGAAUUCACUAAAUUUGGCUUACGAAGAGCUCAGUUCAAUUUUUGAACCUGACCACAAGUUAAUAGAAGAACAUCUGGAAAAGCUCUUUUUCUUCUAUGUCGCACUAGACAAAUGGUGUCCAAUUGAAUAUGCAGAAGAAAUGCAAAAAGUUUAUCCUACAGCCCAUAUAUAUAUAGAUAAGUCUGGAAUAGAACAUGCUUUUGUAUUAAAAUCUAGCAAAAUUACAGCCAAUCUUGUUUGGAACAAUAUUUCAGACAAGGUAUAA